AUGGUCAGCAAGGCAUCAGCGCCCAAGAAGAAGAGCCGCAUCGCCUCCAGGACGGCACCAGCAGAGACAAGCCCAGCUCCCGCAGCCGCCAAUGGCACUCACUCUCAGCGCCACCAGCAGACCCUGGUGAACAUCUUUGCAGACGCGUUCGCAAACGUCCUCUCGUCGGAGCACUUCCCCGCGCUGCUACAGGAGAUCAAGCAAGCGUUGUAUAGCAGAGAUUUCGGACGGGCCUUUGGCAGGGAGGACUAUCUGGAGGCGUAUGCCGCGCGAUGGAGUCCCACGAGGGCACUGUGCUAUGCCUCCGUCUUCGUGGGCAUCGACGCACAUCUUGAGGUGCUGGCGUCCGACGCCGCGGGCAGUGUCGAGUCCGAGGCGUCCCACGAUGGCGCUGCAGACUCGCCGGGCGAAGCGAGGCCAAGGAGAGGCGGGAUCAAAAUGCUCUGCGUAGGGGGCUGCGCCGCCGAACACGUCGCCUUUGCAUCCUACCUCGACCAGACGGAGCGCGCUGGGACGCUCGCGCUCUUCGAUUCCGCGCCCUGGGAACACGUCGCGUCCAUGCUGCAGAUGCAGCUGACCACUGCUCCCGCGCUGUCGAAAUACGCCUCGGCCGCAGCUAGAGCCUCCAACGCGGCUCUUGUCGACCCGUCCCGACUGGCGUUUAGUUUUACGCAGGCGGAUGUUUUGUCCUUGACCGCCGAGGCACUCUUGGAACAGGUAGGAUCGGCCCCGUUGAUCGUCACGCUCAUGUUUACCCUGAAUGAGCUCUACACAGAAGGCGGCAUCGGCAAGACCACCAAGUUCCUGAGGAGUCUGGGCCAAGUCCUUCCAGGGGGGAGUUUGUUGCUCGUAGUCGACAGCCCGGGGAGUUACUCGGAGGCUGCGGUGGGAAAGGAGAAGAAGCGCUAUCCUAUGCAGUGGUUACUGAACCACACCUUGUUGGAGGGCGAAUCCUCGGGAUAUACAUGGGAUAAGCUAGAGUCUGAGGAAUCGAUGUGGUUUAGAAUGCCGGAGGGAUUGUCGUAUCCUAUUCAGUUGGAGAAUAUGCGAUACCAGAUGCAUCUUUAUCGCAUUUCGAAAAAAAGCUAG